UGAUAAUCUGAGUUUAUAAGAGUGUUUCAGUUGUCAGAUCGGCUUCCGUCCCAUAAGAACAUCUUCAUCAUGCUCAUUGCAAUAAUUGUAUCCAUUAUCACUUUUCCUUUCGAAGUUCUUUACUGGAUAAAAUGGCUAAUUGCAUUCAUCGCCGUCCUCAGGUAUAAUGCAAAACAUCGUAAAAGAUUUGAUCUGUACGAACUUAACGCAAUUGGUCAACCCGAAAAGGUGGGGUUUCUGGUUCCUAGAACAGAAGCUGAAUUAGAAUCACCUCAAUCAGAAACCCAUUUAAAAGAGUCUGCGGAUGAAAUAUUUUUUUAUGGAAUAAAUUCAAAGGCGGAAUGUGUUUUGGUUCGUAUAUCAAGAGGCAGCGAUCAAGAAGCCGAAGCUUGGAUCUAUUUGAAACUGGCUGAUGGCACUACUUAUCAUUUGGCUGAACACGUCAACUACCAACAACCCUUUGAAGAAAAAUGCCUGGUAUUUUCUUGUGGGAACUUACAAAUGCAUUAUUUGUCACCUAUGCGAAGAUGGAGAAUACAAUACAGUGGACCUCUAUU